CACUAUGGACUGCCGACUAUCAAGUACACAAGUGAUCUCCACUCUCCAGCAAACCAGCAACAACCAAUGUGGAUUGUGGAGACACUUCCUGACCUCUUUAACUUCUUUUUAAAAAUUUACAGGUUUCUUCUUCUUCUUCUCCAUUUCUUCUUACUCAUUUGUUUUUUCCAUUUCAAUCUAAGAUCUUGAUCCAUUUACGAGCUUUCCUUUCUUUCAUACUACAUCUUUAUCCUAAUUUCAAUCUCUGCAACUUUACUUUCUUCAAUCAAUUUCGAUUCGAUCUGCUUUAUUACUUGCUUUAUUUGAUUUGAUCUAUCUCUUUCUCAAUCCCAUACUGUCAAUUUACUCUCUAUCAAUUUCCAUUUUUGGAAUAUUCAACUUGUUGCUACAGAAUUGCCGUAUACUAGUUCAAAUUGCCGUAUUCUAAUUCGAGGCGAUUCAUAAUUUUUCACUAUUUUUGAUUUGAUCUACCUCUACUCAAUCGGUCAAUCCCAUACUGUCAUUACUCUUAUCAAUUUCCAUUUUUGGAAUAUUCUACUUGCCGUAUUCUAGUUCAAGGUGAUUCAUAAUACUGAAAUCUGUGUUAAUAAAUCCAACUUGUGAGUUGUAACCUACUCAUACAAUUUAGGGUUUAUCAGCAGAUUUAUUGAGCAGCUAUCUAUGCUGAAUUACAGGAUAAUUUACCAUAUUUUCCCGUCUUUUGUAGCUUUUGGGAGGGUAAUCGUCUAAUCGAAUCCAGUGUGACUGAUUAUUACUUAUUUGGUCUCAUUGAUUGUUGAACACUGAAGAAGAAGAAUGGUAGGACCGCACAAUCGAGCUGGAUCAAGUGGACGAUUACGCGAGGCGGAUCUUAUUUGUAGCGAUUUAGAGAAUGAUACAGGAAAAAAGAGAGACAAAGAAAAGGACGAUUCGUAUACUGCAGGAAUUUCUGACUAUAUACGCAAUAAUACAGUUAUUGAUCAUUGUUUUGGAGUAGACAAUGUUAGUGGUGGGAAUGGGAAAAUGCAGUAUAAUUGGUUUAGUUUAGUUCUUAAGCUAAUAGUGGCAACAACAACCUUCUUUGUGCUUCUUACGUCUCUUAGACGAAUGGUCUCUAUCACGAAAAAACCAUUAGAUAGUUUUGUUGGAGGGUCUUGGUGGCUGCCAUUGCAAGAACAGCUACUUUCUGACUUUCAUGAUCUUCAAGAGCUUUCUCUUGGUUCUUCAAGGGUCAAAGAGAUUGAGUUUUGCUCUCAGGAAUAUGAAAACUAUGUGCCUUGUUUUAACACAUCCAUUAAUUCUGAGGAAUUCCAAUUGGAUCGUCACUGUGAGAGGGAUUCGAGGGUGGGUUGUGUGGUUCUUCCACCCAGGAAUUACAAGUUGCCUCUUAGGUGGCCUGCUGGUAGGGAUGUGAUUUGGUAUGCUAAUGUUAAGAUUUCUGCUCAGGAGGUUUUGGCUUCUGGAGCCGUGACUAAGAGGUUGAUGAUGUUGGAAGACGACCAGAUAUCAUUCCGGUCAGAUUCUCUCAUGUUUGAUGGAGUUGAUGACUACUCACAUCAAAUCGCGGACAUGAUUGGUCUCAGAAGUGUAUCUGAUUUCAAUCAAGCAGGAAUAAGAUCUGUUUUGGACAUUGGGUGUGGCUAUGGUAGUUUUGGCGCACAUCUCUUCUCCCGAAAUUUGUUGACAAUGUGUAUUGCAAAUUAUGAACCAUCGGGUAGUCAAGUUCAGUUAACACUUGAAAGAGGUCUCCCUGCAAUGAUUGCUUCCUUCAGUUCAAAGCGGCUGCCUUUCUCAUCUCUUUCCUUCGACAUGUUGCAUUGUGCUAGAUGUGGUAUUGACUGGGAUAAAGAAGAUGGGAUUUUUCUGGUUGAAGCUGACAGACUUCUGAAGCCAGGAGGGUAUUUUGUCUGGACUUCACCAUUUUCCGGUGUGCGUGGAUCACCUGAAAUCGAUGAAAACCAAAAGAAAUGGCAGUUUGUCCAGAAAUUUGCAGAAAGUCUAUGCUGGGAUAUGUUGUCGCAGCAAGAUGAUACAGUUAUCUGGAGAAAGACCGCUCACAGGAAUUGUUAUACUUCUCAGAAGCGUAACUCAAUCCCGCCUACCUGUAAGAAGAACUAUGAUGUUGAAUCUCCUUACUAUCAACCCCUUCAUCUAUGCAUAAGUGGAACUCAUAGUGAAAGAUGGAUUCCAAUUGAACAGCGCACAGCUUGGCCCUCUAGAGCAAAUCUAAAUUCUAGUGAACUUAGGAUAUAUGGAGUCCCUACCGAAGUAUUUUCUGCGGAUUCCUUGAAGUGGAAGUUAGCAGUUCAAGAAUAUUGGUCUCUGUUGUCACCCCAAAUAUUUUCAGAUCAUCCAAAGAGACCUGGUGAUGAGGAUCCUUCCCCACCUUUUAACAUGCUUAGAAAUGUAUUGGAUAUGAAUGCUCAAUUUGGUGGGUUCAAUCAUGCCUUGCUGGAAGCAGGAAAAAGCCUGUGGGUGAUGAAUGUGGUUCCUACGACUGCACCUAGCUCACUUCCCUUAAUCCAUGACAGAGGUUUUAUAGGCACGUCGCAUAAUUGGUGUGAAGCUUUUCCAUCAUACCCAAGAACUUAUGAUAUGAUCCAUGCUGAUGGACUGCUGUCACUUGAGACAGGUCAGCAUCAGAAGUGCACAAUGCUUGAUAUCUUCUUAGACAUAGAUAGACUCCUUCGUCCAGAGGGUUGGGCUAUAUUCCGUGACACAACUUUGAUGAUAGAAUCAGCUAGAACACUUGCAACGAGAUUUAGAUGGGAUGCUCGAAUUGUAGAUGUGGAAGCAAACACUGAUGAGAGAGUACUCCUAUGUCGUAAGCCCUUUCCAGGCGACAAAGUUUGAACAUAUGAUGUUCUGCUUUAAAGCCUCUGAUUGUGUCUUGAUUAUUUGAUUAUGACGCUGUGGUCACCGAGAACCAUAUAAAGAAGACAAAGAGAUACUGCUGGGCCUCUGUUGGAUUUUCUGAACCAGUGUAUAGAAUUAUAUACUACAGAGAUACUGAACUUGCAUUCUCUUUGGGAAAUAGGAGAUGGGAAACAUUCCCCAGAGUUGUGGGAAGACGUCGAAUUGCUAAUUGAUUACAUCACACUUCACAGUGCCAACUGCGAGCGGGGAAUUCAAACCUUUUUGCUUGAAACAUGAAGCUAGAUAUGUACUGUUGAAUAAAAGUACACCAGAUAUGUUGUAUAAUGUGUUAUUCCUUGUUUAAAACUAUAUCAAAAUUCGAAACAGGUUUCUUCCUUUCCUGUCA